AUGGCACAACACGGCUUCGGCCAGUUUAACGGUGGCCACGGCGGCGGCGGCGGAAGCAUCGACCCCAACGACCUGGCCAUGGGCGGAAAUUAUGGAUCGUCUUACUCAAACAACUACAAUUCCAACUCUGCGAACAACUCAAACGGCUUUUCGAGUGGUUCCGCCCUCUUCGGCGACGAUGAGCUUCUCGAUGGUCUCGGAAGCCCGACCGAGGCUCAGCCUGGCAUGCAUGGCCAUGGCCAGGACUUCGGCGGUGGCGGGAUGUCAGACAUGGGCAUGGGCUUCAACCAGACGAUCUAUGGUUCCCACCAUGGCCUGGACCAAAACCACAUCAACGGCUACUCAAACACUCCGGACGGCGACCCGAUUCAGAGCCCCUUUGUCCAUAGUUUCAACAACUCGCAGUUCAACCAGAUGCACCACCGCCAGGCUCUUGGCACCUCCCUUCAGUCUCCCAUCUCCUAUUCCGGCUCACCUUUGGCUGGUUCAGAUCUCACUGGCGAUGGGGCUGACGCCAACUAUCUCAACGCCAAAAACAGAGCCAGGAUGGCUCAAGCCAUGCAGCGAAAGAGCUCUUCCACCAACACCCGUAGCCCCAUGACCCCCAAGUCAGCAAUGCACUCUGUGCCCAUGGCGACUCAGGAAUCUUCCGGCUUCGGCCCUCAAUCCAUUCGGACCCAGGGUAUCCACGAGAAGUCGCCGUCUGGAGGUCAGUGGAUGCAGACCCCUGCGGGCAGUAUGGCGGCAUCGUAUGGCUCCGGCUUCUCGUCACCCAUCCAGCCCGGACUGGCUCAGCUUAACGAGGUCAUGAUGAAGGGUGGCACUUCGAUGCCUGCAAAGCUGGGUGUUCAGCCUGGUGGUGCAGUCUCGUCUCAGGAGAUGAAGCGCAAGCGGCGCAGAGAGUCCCACAACCUCGUUGAACGACGCCGACGAGACAACAUCAACGAGAGAAUCCAGGACCUUAGCCGAUUGGUGCCUGCGCAUCGCUUGGAGGAUGAGAAGAUUCGCAAGAUGAUCCAGAACGGCACACCUCUGUCACCGACGCUGUCUGGCAUCUCAAACCCCUCCCAGGCCACCUCAGGUCUCGCCGGUCCAGGCGCUCGCCGCGCAGCUGGCGCAACAGGCAACAUCACAACCGGUCUCCCUCUCGAGGACAAGGACAAGGGCCCCAAUAAGGGAGACAUCCUCAACGGCGCCGUCAGCUGGACAAGAGAUCUGAUGUGGAUGCUGCACCUGAAGCUCCAGCAACAGGAAGAGCUGAUGAACGUCAUUGCGGAGCUCGGCGGCCACUUCCCGUUUGAGCUGACGGAGGAUGAGAAACGCAUGCAAACGGAGUUGAUGGAGGCUAUCUCCAAGAACGACGCUAUGGGUUACUCGCGCACGAGCGGGUCUGGCCUCAGGGUGCCCCAUCACACCGACUUCCGCGGCGAACCCGUAAACGGCUCAGGCAACUCGGCCGAGGGUGUGUCCGUUAGCCCUGGCGGCAACAAUGCGGGCCUGACCAACGACCUCGGAGCCGGCAACGAGUUUUGGAACGACCCGGAUGAUGAUGACAGCGGCCCGGCGUCGCUGAACUUCAAGGAAGAGGAUGAGUUCGGCAUGGAUCUGACACAAUAG